AGUAGGAGUGGAGAGCGAGUGUGAGUGACUGAGUGUAUGUGUGUGUGUGAAGAAUGCACACUAUCUCGUGUUGGUGAGUGUGUGCUUACUCCCUGACCAGAUGCUGCGGUACACGGGGCAGCCACCAUCUCUGCAUGCGUGUCUGUGAUGUCUUCCAAGCGGCCAGCCUCUCCGUAUGGGGAAGCAGAUGGAGAGGUAGCCAUGGUGACAAGCAGACAGAAAGUGGAAGAAGAGGAGAGUGACGGGCUCCCAGCCUUUCACCUUCCCUUGCAUGUGAGUUUUCCCAACAAGCCUCACUCUGAGGAAUUUCAGCCAGUUUCUCUGCUGACGCAAGAGUCUUGUGGCCAUAGGACUCCCACUUCUCAGCACAAUACAAUGGAAGUUGAUGGCAAUAAAGUUAUGUCUUCAUUUGCCCCACACAACUCAUCUACCUCACCUCAGAAGGCAGAAGAAGGUGGGCGACAGAGUGGCGAGUCCUUGUCUAGUACAGCCCUGGGAACUCCUGAAAGGCGCAAAGGCAGCUUAGCUGAUGUUGUUGACACCUUGAAGCAGAGAAAAAUGGAAGAGCUCAUCAAGAAUGAGCCAGAAGAAACCCCCAGUAUUGAAAAGCUACUCUCGAAGGACUGGAAGGACAAGCUUCUUGCAAUGGGAUCAGGGAACUUUGGCGAAAUAAAAGGGACUCCCGAGAGCCUAGCUGAGAAAGAGAGGCAACUCAUGGGUAUGAUCAAUCAACUGACUAGCUUACGAGAGCAGCUAUUGGCUGCCCAUGACGAGCAGAAGAAAUUGGCAGCCUCUCAGAUUGAGAAGCAGCGCCAGCAAAUGGAGUUAGCCAAACAGCAACAAGAACAGAUUGCAAGACAACAGCAGCAGCUUCUGCAGCAACAACACAAAAUCAAUUUGCUUCAGCAACAGAUCCAGGUUCAAGGUCAGCUGCCGCCAUUAAUGAUUCCCGUAUUCCCUCCUGAUCAACGGACACUGGCUGCAGCUGCCCAGCAAGGAUUCCUUCUUCCGCCAGGCUUCAGCUAUAAAGCUGGAUGUAGUGACCCUUACCCUGUUCAGCUGAUCCCAACUACCAUGGCAGCUGCUGCCGCAGCAACACCAGGCUUAGGCCCACUCCAACUGCAGCAGUUAUAUGCUGCCCAGCUAGCUGCAAUGCAGGUUUCUCCAGGAGGAAAGCUUCCAGGCAUACCCCAGGGCAACCUCGGUGCUGCUGUAUCCCCUACCAGCAUUCACACAGAAAAGAGCACAAACAGCCCACCACCCAAAAGCAAGGAUGAAGUGGCACAGCCACUGAACCUAUCAGCUAAACCCAAGACCUCUGAUGGCAAAUCACCCACAUCACCCACCUCUCCCCAUAUGCCAGCUCUGAGAAUAAACAGUGGGGCAGGCCCCCUCAAAGCCUCUGUCCCAGCAGCGUUAGCUAGUCCUUCAGCCAGAGUUAGCACAAUAGGUUAUUUAAAUGACCAUGAUGCUGUCACCAAGGCAAUCCAAGAAGCUCGGCAAAUGAAGGAGCAACUUCGGCGGGAACAACAGGUGCUUGAUGGGAAGGUGGCUGUUGUGAAUAGUCUAGGUCUCAAUAACUGCCGGACAGAAAAGGAAAAAACAACACUGGAGAGUCUGACUCAGCAAUUGGCAGUGAAACAGAAUGAAGAAGGAAAAUUUAGCCAUGCCAUGAUGGAUUUCAAUAUGAGUGGAGAUUCUGAUGGAAGUGCUGGAGUCUCAGAGUCAAGAAUUUAUAGAGAAUCCAGGGGACGUGGUAGCAAUGAACCCCACAUAAAGCGUCCAAUGAAUGCCUUCAUGGUGUGGGCUAAAGAUGAACGGAGGAAAAUCCUUCAAGCCUUUCCUGACAUGCAUAACUCCAACAUCAGCAAGAUAUUGGGAUCUCGCUGGAAAGCUAUGACAAACCUAGAAAAACAGCCAUAUUAUGAAGAGCAAGCCCGUCUCAGCAAACAGCACCUGGAGAAGUACCCCGACUACAAGUACAAACCCAGGCCGAAGCGCACCUGCCUGGUGGAUGGCAAAAAGCUGCGCAUCGGUGAAUACAAGGCAAUCAUGCGGAACAGGAGGCAGGAGAUGCGGCAGUACUUCAAUGUUGGGCAACAAGCGCAGAUCCCCAUUGCCACUGCUGGUGUUGUAUACCCUGGAGCCAUCGCCAUGGCUGGAAUGCCCUCCCCUCACCUGCCCUCAGAGCACUCAAGUGUGUCUAGCAGCCCAGAACCAGGGAUGCCUGUUAUCCAGAGCACUUAUGGAGUUAAAGGAGAGGAGCCACACAUCAAAGAAGAGAUACAGGCAGAGGACAUCAACGGAGAGAUUUACGAUGAGUAUGAUGAGGAAGAAGAUGAUCCGGAUGUAGAUUAUGGGAGUGACAGUGAAAACCAUAUUGCAGGACAAGCCAACUGAUAAGGGUCAAAAGAUUGUUGUGACCUUAGGACUUAAAGAAGCCCUAGCUGGUUCAUCCUUACCAGUGGCCAAGCACAUUAACUUUCUCAUACACUGACUGUUACUUUAACUGUUAGUCUUAACUAGUUGGGACAUCAGCUGACUAAUAGACCUCAGCCUCCAAAGGCUUGGAAAGGAAAAAAAAAAAAGAUAAAAUAAUACAGCAAGCAAACAACAAUAUCAACAACAAGAGAUUGAAAUAAGCUAUGGGUAAAAAAAUGCCAGUAAUUCAGCUGCUACAUCCAAGCACUGAAGUCUUACCCGUCAACUUUUUUUUUUUUUUUUUUUUUUUAAUAAACUUUAUGGCUGUUUGUUCUACAAUGUUCUAGAAAUUCUCACUCAGGUACACAGUGCCAACAAGUGGCUUGUGAAUGUGUUUUGUUGUUUUGUGCUACAAUUUUUAAAAAGAAAUAAGUUUUGUUUUGUUUUGGGGGGGUUCUGGCUGUUUUUUUUUUUUCUUUUUUCUUUCUUUCUUUUUUUCUUUUUUAAUAAUGCACCUGACAGAAAAAAGAAAGAUGAAUUUCCCCUUACUUCUCUCCAUCUUCUCCAUCUCUAUACUGUAAAGAUGGAAGUCUGUGCAUGAGGGGGAAGAGGGAAAAAAAUAACCUGUUUUUAAUGUCCUUGCUAUUCACCACAAAAUAAGCAAUUAUUUUCUUUAGAGGACUUUCUUUAUCUAUUGCACACCACACUACAUCUUUGAGCAAGUGCCAAAUUUGUACUGAAGUGUUGACCAAGUUCAUUUUUUCCCUUUCCUUUGUUUCCUAUUCCUUCAUAAGUUAGGACAGUGUUAUAUCUUAGACAAUCCCUUGAAAAACCUGAAAUACCAGCAGCUGGUGAGAUUUGACCUUUUUUUCUUUUUUUUUCUUUUUUUUUUUUAAUGGAAACUGUAGGUGCUGUUCUCAGGUGAAAAGACAGAGAGAGAGAGACAUAAGAAAUUUAGAGAAAAAAUAUUUUCUGAUCUUAGAUUUUUGUGUGUAUGUAUGUGUGUGAUUAUGGUACUAAUAAGAAUAAUGUUGGAACAUUGUGAGUUAAACCCACAUCUGGGGAUGAAAUCCCACAUCCUCCCAAGUGACUGGUCUGGAAGUACCUUGACCUUGACUUUGCACUUCAAAUGACAACUUAACCAAUUAUAGGGCUCAGAAAUUAUAUUUUUAAAUUUUGAAUAUGAUUCUUAUUGGAUAGAUCAGGUGGCCCUGUGUAAUAGAGGUGUGCAUGUAUAACAUGGAAGCUACUAGCAAACUGCUCCCAGACAUCCCUUCUGCUUGGUCAAUCAGUUCCACUAAUAUUUGCUACUUAUUGAUUUUUGUUUGUUUUUCCUGUUGAUACUAUGAGCAAAACAAUCAUUCUUUUCAUUUAAUAUAUUUGACCAUUUUCCAGAAAUGUAGAUUUAGCUUAUUUCUUCAACAUUCCAUCCUUUCCUGACCAGGAGAUGGAUCUGAUGAUUUUAGAAGGCAUUUCUCACUCUCUGUGAAAUGAGAUGGAGGCCGUUUGCAUUUCAUAAUUAUGGCCCAUGUGCAUUUCAUACAACAAUAACAAAAAAACAGGAUUUAAUUUAAAGUCAUUGCAGCCCAACAAAAUGGAGCCUGGCUUAACCCAGUGAUCCUUGCCACAGCACCUUUGUCUUUCUGUAAGACAAAUCCACUGGAGUCCAACUUUUGAUUCCAGAAGAGUAUAUGCGUAGAGAAACGUCUGAUGGUGAUACAAGUGUUUAUUUAGAUUUUGCCAACCAACUCCAAGGCAGUUGUAGGGCCUGUCCCAAUAAAUGCAAAAUCAUUUAAAGUCAAUUGACAUUAUUUGUGUUGAAACGUCAGACAGUAAAUACUCCAACCAGUAGUUUGGAUGUGCUACGGUUUCCACUCCAGUCAUCAUUUUCCUAUCCCAUCCCUAAAAUACCACCUUAAAAAUUUGUUUAUUACAUCUUAAUGAGAAAAAAAAUCCAUUUUA